AACAAAUAGAUGGAUUGGAAACGGCAUAUUGCCAUUUUUACUACUGCUAGCCUUCCAUGGUUGACCGGAACCGCAGUGAAUCCUCUCUUUCGUGCGGCGUAUCUUUACAAAUCUGGGAUAAAGAAUGUCACCUUGGUGAUCCCUUGGUUAUCAUUGAAAGAUCAAAAAGUAGUAUAUCCGAACAAUAUUACAUUUGAUUCUCCUGCAGAGCAGGAGAAAUAUAUUCGCCAAUGGCUUGAGGAUAGAGUUGGUUUUGCAUCUGGUUUCAGCAUAAAGUUUUAUCCGGGAAAGUUUUCUAGAGAUAAAAGGAGCAUUCUUGCUGUGGGCGAUAUUUCAGAAAUUAUCCCCGACAAUGAUGCAGAUAUUGCUGUUCUAGAAGAGCCUGAGCACCUGACGUGGUUUCAUCAUGGGAAAAGAUGGAAAACUAAAUUCAAGCUAGUUAUAGGAAUUAUUCACACCAAUUAUCUAGCAUAUGUGAAGAGAGAGAAGAAUGGAAACCUGCAAGCAUUUUUACUGAAAUAUUUAAACAACUGGGUUGUUGGUAUAUAUUGUCACAAGGUAAUCAGACUCUCUGCUGCCACUCAGGAUUACCCUGGGUCUGUCGUCUGUAACGUUCACGGAGUUAAUCCAAAGUUCCUUGAGAUUGGCAAGAAAAAAAGGGAGCAACAACAAAAUGGAGAGAAUGCCUUUACCAAAGGUGCCUAUCUUAUUGGGAAGAUGAUAUGGAGCAAAGGCUACAAGGAGCUGCUCCAACUUCUUAAUGAUCAUCAAAAGGAAUUAUCUGCUCUUGAGCUUGAUUUAUUUGGAAGUGGGGAGGACUCCAAUGAAGUUCAAGAAGCUGCUAAAAAGCUGGAAAUGACGGUUAGAGUUCAUCCAGCCCGUGAUCACGCCGAUGAUCUAUUUCAUGAUUUCAAAUUGUUUAUUAAUCCAAGCACAACAGAUGUGGUUUGCACAACAACAGCAGAAGCUUUAGCAAUGGGAAAAAUUGUUGUGUGCGCUGACCAUUGCUCAAAUGAAUUUUUCAAGCAGUUCCCGAAUUGUUGGACGUAUAAUAACCCCAAGGAAUUUGUUGCACUAACACUUAAAGCAUUGACCGAAGAACCCGGCCAACCUACAGACGCUCAGAGACAUGACCUUUCAUGGGAGGCUGCCACAGAACGGUUUCUUAAGGCCGUUGACCUUGACAAGCCAUCUGAGAGAGAAUUAUUAUCAAGAUCUACUUCAAACUAUCUGUCUACUUCGUUAUAUUUGCAACAGACAGUAGAGGAUGCAUCAGCAUUUGUACAUCAUGUAGCUUCUGGGUUUGAAAUAUCGCGAAGAAUAUUUGGUGCCAUUCCACAUAGCUUGCAACCCGAUGAACAGCUGCGCAAGGAACUCGGGUUUGCUAAUACUUCCGGGACAUAAGGUUUGAAAGAUUAUGUGUUAUUAACGACAGUAGUUAAAAUUUGUUUAAUUUAUUCCUAAAAGGUUGAGAGUGGUUUGCUCAUUCAAAUGCUCUCUUUCUAGUCAGGAUAGGAAUUAAAAAGUUUACUGCCUUGAAUAGAUGUAUGUUAAAUAAGGCAUCUUUGUUUAGCAUCAGUAAAUGUUGGAGAAUUUGACUAUUUCACCUGAGUUGAGAUGACUGGU